AUGGCUGAAGGAAAUAGAAUCAAUCGCUCACAACUUAAAAAAGAUCUUCCAACAAACAUGCCAAUCGAAACAACUACAAGCCAUCCAACAACACCCAGCAGAAAUCCAACAAGCAGUAACAAAACAUUACCAACAGUGGACAAGAAAACGAAUCAUAAUACUAACGUCAGAUACAAUAUGGAACUCAGUAUACUUAUCCAUACCACAGAUUCGAUAAAACUG